GCUUAUUAUAACAAUAAAUUUUAAGCGAAAUAUACGUACUUAGCGUCGCGCAACAGUUGUAAUUUACUCUGCCUCAACAAAUUAUAGUUGAUUACGCCACGUGCAUUUAAAUACAAUCAGCAAUAAAGAAAAUGAGCAAGUCCACAAGUAAUGCACCGCCAUUCACAUACGUUCCACCGCCAUCGGCGCCACCAUCUUAUCUGGAGGCAGUGGGUGGUGUGAAGCCAGUGGGGCCAUACACGCCAGUCGCAGCGCCAGCUACAGUGGGUACAAACAUAUUGACAACUGUGGUGCCCAUUGGACGCACUGCGACACACAUGAUAUGCCCCUCAUGCCAUGCCGAGAUUGAAUCUACAACACGCACGGAGCCCGGCAUGAUAGCGUAUCUAUCUGGAUUUGUAAUUGCAUUACUGGGUUGCUGGCUCGGCUGCUGUUUGAUACCUUGCUGCAUUGAUGACUGCAUGGACGUCCAUCACACAUGCCCCAACUGCAAGGCUUACUUGGGACGCUAUCGACGAUAAAUACAGCUAAUUGCCACGCACACUUCACGCACAGCCAGCCUCUAGAGGAGCUAAGCAAUUAGCAGAGCGUCAUGGAUUUAAAUCGAAAGAUAACCUGAGCAAUCUCAUUCGCGAAUGUUGAAUUACUGCAAGUGUUUUGCCUUUAAUCUAAUUGUAAUAAUAUAUCUUGGUGUUCAAGCGCUUUUUUCUAAUCUUAACCUAAUACUUGCUAAAUUGCUCAAACGCUGUCAGCUUUAAUUGUAGUUCGCAUACUUGAAAAAUGGUUUUUGUAAUAUUUUCUUAAAAACGUUAUAUGUAAAUGAAUCGCCAUACAUUUGGCAACGAAAUUUAAUAUUAUUUAUAUGUGUAUACAACUGUUGGCUUACGCAUUGCGCUCUUCUUAGUUAAACAAAAGACAAAAAAAAUUGUAAACUUAUUUUUGUAAUGCACCUGCAAAUAUUUAGCUGAGAAUGUACCGCACAAACCAUAUAUUAUGUACAUAUAAGUGUAUGUAACAGUUAAUCCCAAAUAUGAAUGUCAUCUAAUUUUUUAAACAUACAUAAUAAAUGUAAAAAGUUAAAAAGAAAACAGUAAACUAUUGUUAAGCAUAGUACAAUUGUCCAAAAUAUAUA